UACUAUUAAAAAUAUGUUCACCCUCUCUAAGGUGCUCCCAAAGAUGGGACCAAAAUCUUUAAGAACUGCUUUUAGAGUUCCCUCUGCUGCUUUCUCUACCUUCCCAAUGCCAAUGGAAGACCUCGACCUGAAGAACAGAGAUCCAGUCUUUUAUGAACUGCUAAGAGCAGAAAAUGCUAGACAGGAAGCCUGCAUUACUCUCACAGCAUCUGAGAAUUUCAUAUCCAAAGCUGUCAUGCAAGUUGUUGGUUCACCUCUCUCUAACAAAUACAGUGAAGGAUAUCCAGGACAAAGAUAUUAUGGAGGAUGCAUGAUAAUUGAUAAGAUGGAGAUUCUUUGCCAACAGAGAGCCAUGGAAGCCUACGGAGCCGACCCUGACAAGUGGAGAGUCAACGUGCAGCCUCUCUCUGGUGUUCCAGCCAACCUCGGAGUUUACACUGCCAUGCUCAAGCCUGGAGGCAGACUCAUGGGUCUCGACUUGACCAGCGGUGGCCACCUGUCUCACGGGUUCCAGAGUCCAUCGAAGAAGGUCUCAGUCACAAGUCUGUUCUGGGAGAGCAGAUCUUACGGGAUCACUAAGGAUGGAUAUAUUGACUACGACGGGGCUUAUGAGAUCGCUCAGGAGUAUAAACCAGAGUUGAUCAUUUGUGGAUAUUCAGCUUAUCCAAGAGAUCUUGACUAUAAAAGAUUCAGAGAAAUUGCUGACAGUGUUGGAGCAUACUUGCAUGCUGAUUGCUCCCACUUCUCAGGACUCCUUGUAUCUGGACUUGUGAACUCUCCAUUUGAGUAUGUUGACUUUGUAACAUCCACUACAAACAAAACCCUUAGAGGACCAAGAGGGGGUUUAAUCUUCUCUAGAAAAGAAUAUUCGAAAACCAUCGAUGAUGCUGUUUUCCCAAAACUUCAAGGAGGACAACAUAACCAAAAUAUUGGUGGGACAGCUGUAGCACUUCAUGAAGCUUUACAGCCAGAGUUCAAGGAGUAUUCUAAACAAAUUAUCAAGAACGCUAGAAGGUUAGCUGAUGCUUUAAUGAAGAAGGGUCACAAACUUGUGACAAAUGGAACUGACAACCAUAUCGUCUUGUGGAAUCUUCGCCCUCACAAGUUAACUGGAUCCAAGUUUGAAGCUGUAGCUAAUGCCACCAAUAUCACUCUAAACAAGAACACAAUUGCUGGAGACAAAUCUGCAUUGACUCCUUAUGGUAUCAGGCUUGGAACUCCUUGCUGCACUACCCGUGGAUACAAGGAAGAGCACAUGGACGAAGUCGCCGAAUUCUUAGACAGAAUGCUUAAAGAGUCCCUUAAAAUCCAAAAGCAAACUGGUAAGAAGCUCGUAGCAUUCAAGAAAGGAGUAGACGAGAGUGAAGAAAUGCAAAAGAUUGCCAGUGACGUGGCUGAGUUCGCCAAACAGUUCGAUCACCCAGGGCUUAAAGUAUAA